GUCUGCACUCAUAUUUUACAAAUGUAGAUUUAAUUUACAGUAACAGAGUCACCGGAUCUGUUCCUACAAGGCUGAGGCUGUUCACACUUCAUUGUGGUUGAUUUUGUAUUAAAUGCUAUAAUCCGCAGCAACAGCAGGGAGGUGAUGUAUGGGGAAGCUGAGGAAUGGCAGAGUAACACCAUGUCACAAAAGGAUCUAGAAGAUUACUGUCUUAUAUACAAUGACCCAACACACCACGUAGAGUUCCUGGAAUCGUUUAGGACAUUUUACAAGGAAGGUCUAUUCACAGACGUCACCUUGGUCAGCUCCUCUGGGAAGAUCUUCCACUGCCACAAAGCCGCCUUGGCUGCCUGCAGCCAUUACUUUAAAGUAAUGUUCACGGCUGAUAUGAAGGAAAAGUCCAACAGUCAGAUCAAGCUGUCUGGCAUUGACCACAGCAUCUUGGACUUACUGUUGAACUACACAUACACGGCACAGAUCAGGAUUACAGUAAAGAAUGUCCAGUGUCUUCUGCAAGCUGCUGACCAGCUCCAUUUCGUCUCGGUGAAGGAAGCCUGUGAGCAGUUCUUGGUGAGACACCUGGACACCGACAACUGUUUGGGCAUGCAUUCGUUUGCGGAAUUCCAUGUGUGUCCAGUUUUGGAGAAGGAAGCCAGAAGAAUUAUUGUCUCCAGAUUCCAAGAGGUCUGGACCCAAGACGAGUUUGUGGACAUCAGUCUUGAAAAGCUCUUGUUUAUAUUCUCCCAGAGCAAUCUCAAUGUGUGGACUUUGGAAGCACUGCUGCAGCCCUUGGUUAGGUGGAUUGCCCAUGAUUCCAGAAAACGCAUUGACCAUAUAUACGAACUGCUAAAACGCAUUAAAGUUGAUGUCGAUGAGAAUUAUCUUAAAACCGCUUUGGAGUUGCACAAGAACAAACAUUUACUUAAUGAAAAUAAGAUACAAUCCUUACUUUAUUACACUUUAAGGACUCAAGCCUAUGAGGUGCCCAAAAGAUCAACAGCCAGUAUGUUUGUGGUUGGGGGGUAUUACUGGCACCCCUUGUCAGAAGUACACAUCUGGGAUCCUGAAAGCAACAAGUGGAUCCAGGGAGCUGACAUGCCAGAUAACACCAGGGAGAGCUACAGUGCCACCAGUUUAGGACCACACAUUUAUAUUACAGGGGGGUACAGGACUGAUAACAUAGAGGCACUGGACACUGUGUGGAUUUAUAACACAGAGACGGAUGAAUGGACAGAGGGAUGUCCCAUGCUACACGCCAGGUACUAUCACUGCUCGGUUACCCUGGCAGGCUGCGUGUACGCCCUGGGAGGUUACAGGAAAGGGGCUCCUGCAGAGGAAGCAGAAUUCUAUGAUCCAUUAAAGAAGGUCUGGUUUCCUAUUGCAAAUAUGAUAAAAGGUGUUGGGAAUGCCACGGCCUGCGUUUUGCGUGAGGUCAUCUAUAUCAGCGGAGGUCACUAUGGUUACAGAGGAAGCUGCACAUAUGAUAAAAUUCAGAGCUUUCACUCCGAUAUAAAUGAAUGGAGCAUUUUAUCAGUGUGUCCUCAUCCAGAGUACGGAUUGUGCUCCGUUGCACUACAGAAUAAACUUUACCUGGUUGGAGGACAGACAACAACUACUGACUGCUAUGACCUGGAGAACAACAAGUGGGUGGAGCUGUCCCCAACCAUGGAGCGGAGGAUGGAAUGUGGAGCCAUUGUCAUGAAUGGAUUUAUAUAUAUCACAGGAGGCUACUCCUGGUCUAAAGGCACCUACCUGCAGAGUAUAGAGAAGUACAAUCCCGAAUCUGACAAAUGGGAGCUGGUGGGCAAUCUUCCCAGUCCUAUGCGUUCCCAUGGGUGUGUUUGUGUAUAUAAUGUAUAGCAAAAUUACUUUGUAUAAUGUACAGCAAGAUGUUUUGAUGGCCUAAGUUCAUGUCCAACUUGGCCCUAAUUUGUCAAAGUAUGCGGUCAACGGCUAUCCGCAGGAACAGGUCCGGUCACUUGGCAUCCACUUUAGUCAAUAAUAUGGGCACCUACCUUAGUGUUGAGUCCCCUUACUGGUUCAUGUGUAUAGCCAUAUUAAACCCGUUGCACACAGUCUAAUUGGCUGCGUCACUCACAAAAUUGGCCACUCAUGCGGUUUUCUAAGAUUGGGCCAUUUGGAGCAAUAGGUUCUACAUCACUCCUGCCUGUUAGUUUUGCUGGAAUAUAACCGAACAUACAGGCUGGCAGUGGUCAUUUUUUUAUUGCAUUUCUACAUGCCCAAUAAUAAUCUGGACGAUGUCAAACUGAAUAUAAUAUGAUGCCAUGCUCUUUUAUAGGCUAAACGUGCCACUGUAUUUGGCCAAGAUAUUGCAGUUGUGUGGCCAACUUGCACAGAGCUUCGCUUUGGCUCAGUGGCCAGAACAUGGACAGCUAAACUCAUGUGAAAUAAGGGGAAUGAGCUAAAAUAACAGGAAAUCUCAGGUUUAGAAUGAAGUCUGAAUAAUAAGAGAGCAUCAGCCAUACUAAAGCAACAAAGGUUUUACUUAAGCCUUUCGGUAGCUAUAUUUACACGAGUCAGACUAACAUAGCAUACCUAAAGGGGAUGCGGUCAUGCGACCACCUUUCGGGAUCCCGGCGGUCACCAUGCCGACGCUGGACAAAUUAUACUAUAUCCUACAAAUAACCUAACUUAUAACCACCUAUAUCUUACAUCCACUUAUAUUUUGCCCAGGGUGCAGAUUUUUGCUGCAUUCCAGAACAAUCCGCCUUGGUGUUCAUUGCCCUGGUAUGUUACUGCCCGUCUUAUAGGCUUAUAAAGCCCUCUUGGGUAUCCACGGACAUUACAGGAGGGGAUGUAACUAUAAUAUUAUGUAAAUAUUGUCAUACCCACAUUUUUAUACAGGGCUUACUUUUUACUAGGACUGGAGAGAGAGUUCAUUGAUUGUUUCAUUUGCCAUAAUACAAAUGCUCUCCAUACUGAUGGUAGUGAUAGUCAUGACAUGUAAGUCACUGCUUACAUCGUUUACCUACAGUGUAGGCUAGGAGGUAUAAUAUUAUAAGCUAGGAUGUAGCUAUAAUAGACCAUUCCACCAACGUAGGGCCUGGGCAAAGAGGUAUCGUGCUUAUCUGAGUGUCAUUUUGGAAUGCAGAGUCCACCGCGGAUGGCUACAAACAUAGAGCACUUUGAAUGAGUAAGUGGCCCAUUCACACUUUUGCCAUGGGGCUAGAAAAUAUCUUUGAUCCAUUCCUGUUGUGAAAUUUACGGAAACUUUAAAAUAAAGAAAUUUCACCUCAGAAAGGCUCAUUUACUGAUGACAUGUACUGCAGGGGUCAAUAAUGCACUGAACUGCAGAAACCAUUUUGAGCGUGCACACUACACAAUUUUCGCGCUGAGAAGAGGCGCGUCACUGAUUAUUUAAAUAGAAGUGCCCACAAAGGUGAAAACAUGAAUUAUUAGCAGGAAUCUGAAUCAGAUUUCCAUACACACUACAUUUUCAGUCCCAUGAUUUACUGCUGGGUUGUUGAAUGUUGUGCAUAUUGGGUCACGAUGGGUCUACUACGGUAUGCCGGCGCUCGGGAUCCCAGGUGCCCAGCAUACCGGCACCGGGAUCCCAACCACUGGUAUACCGGCAGCGGGGCGAGCACAAAAGAGCCCCUUGCAGGCUCGCUGAACUCGCCGCGCUGCGGACACGGUGGCAUGCUACGCUAUUUAUUUUCCCUCCUGGGGUGUCGUGGACACCCUAAGAGGGAAAAUAGUUGUCGGUAUGCUGGCUGUCGGGAUUCCGGCGCCGGUGUGCUGAGAGCCGGAAUCCUGACAGCCGGCAUAUCAAGUACCACCCAGUCACAAUGGGUCUGAUCAUUGCACAUGGGUGCAGCAAACACACAUUAGAUUCUCAGGCCAAAAAGGCAAUUUUGCCUGUUCAGGUAUUGCAUAGUGUGUACCCAGCAUUAGACGAUUCCAUUAUGGGGGAAUUACAAGUAGGCGGGGUGGGGGGAUUAAUUAGCCACGAGAAAACAUUGUGUCUAAUUGAAUUCCCCCCUAAUUAUCUGAUUGGUUGUUGUGCUUUAGUGCAUAUUUUCAUUCCCACAGUAGUGUAACUGUAUCUCCCUUGAAUGCACAAAACAUGAUGUCACUUUUAUACUCAUGUACCUAAUAAUCUGUACUCUGCAAUAACGCCCCAAUUCUCCCAAUUUAGCACAACCUUUGUACCACUACAGAUGUCACCAUGAAACUGGAUACAAUUGUGCAAUAGAAAGUGGCCUGUGUUGUUACAGUUUUCCAUUGUUCAGUUUGUAAACGACCCUUACUCAGACAUUCUACUACCUCUAAGGAUGUAUAAAAGUAAAUAUUAAGGACAUAAUGUAUAGGUACAAUCACAACUCACAAAUCUACAUGGCGUCAGAGGGAUGUCAUGGGAGGAUAACGCCCAUUUACCACCUUGUAGCUGGAUGUCAGCAUCUCAUAGUAAUGUAACAAGAUUUCCGCCAGUCUCAUGCCAGGGCCUUGACGAGAGAUGUACCCAAUGACGAUAUUUCUGGAAUUGAGCAAUGGGCCGGCUGCAUAUGCAUCACUGUCGCACUGUGCGCACACCAAGCGUACGGGGUCACAGCUGCGAAUGCUUUAGCAACCAGCUCUGAAUCAGACUCUACGUCAGGCUAUACAAGCAUACUAGCAAUAGAGCUAUACCAGUGGUUCUCAAGCUGUGUGCCGUGGCAUCCUGGGGUGCCUUGGGACACUUGCAGGGGCGCCGUGGAUUGAUGGUCCAGGAGCAAUUAAAAUUAUUUAUAGUCAAUAUAAUAGGCAUAACCAGUGCUGGUGGCUGCCAAGCAUAAGAUUUGUUGACAAAUAGAAGCAAAUCUGGUUUCUUACCACACAAUUGAACCUAAGGACGACAUAUAAACACAGUUUACUUAAUUUUAUAUUUCUUUCUAAAUUUCUCAAUAAGAAACUUUCGGCCUAGGGGUGCCGUGAAACAAUUUGGAUAUCUUAGGGUGCCGUGAUUAAAAAAAGUUUGGGAACCACUGAGCUAUACAACUGUUUAAAACAAGUAGUUUCUCACCAAUGUCACAAAACAAAGAGGUAUUAAGAUACGGGUGGCACUCGAUAUACUGGCUGUCGGUAUCCCGGCGCUCAGCAUACCGAAAGCCGGGAUACCGACAACUAUUCUCCCUCUUGGGGUGUCCACGACACUGCUGGAGGGAGAAUAAAUAGCGUGGCAAGCGCAGUGAGCCCGCAAGUAUGCUGGGCGCCGGGAUCCCGACAGCCGGCCACUCGUAGUACACCCUUAAGAUACUUGUGGUAGUGUCACUACUCUACAGUACACAAACAGUAAAGACAAUCUCAACAGAGUUCUUCAGAAAGAUGUCCCCGUUUUAUGGUGCUCACAGAGAAGAGAGAGCAAUAGUCAUACUGUAACCAGGAUAAACAUAUACUGUUGAGCAUGAGAAUGUCGAUAUAAAGUAUGGAGACCUGGGAACAUAGACACUGGGAUGUCAGAUACUACUUAGAACAUUUUAUUGCCACCAUGUUUACAAUUGUACUGCCGCUGCUCGCUGAAUGCGUUUCUCACUUGCUGACAUACCAGUGUCUGUAUUCCGUGGCUCCCAUAAUGCUUGUCGACAUUCUUCUUAUGGAAAAGCAAAGUACUUCCCUUGUAACCUAUAUACAGGAAUUUCCCAUGUGAACUCUACAGAUGUACUGUACAUACUAGGCUGUGGGGUUAAUGUAUUAAGGAAAGAAAUUAGUGGAUCAGUGAAGUUGCCCAUGGAAACAAGUCAGCAUCUACCUAUCAUUUUCUAGAAUGCACUUGAUAAAUGCUUCCUCAAAGCUUAUUGGUUGCUAUGGACAACUUCCCCACUGGUUUACCUCUCCAGACUUUUCACCUCUUGAUACAUCACCCUUUAUUUUCACUGGAGAGUUAUUUUCUCUAGUUCUCCCAAUUUCUGGAGUUUGCAAUCCCUUGGUCUCUCCCUCUAGAUGUUCCCUAUAGUUUUUCUCUGGGCAUCGGCUAUCCUCAUGUGUAGACCACUAAUCAAAAUAAAACACCACUACUUAUAGGCCCUCAUUCCGAGUUGUUCGCUCGCUAGCUGCUUUUAGCAGCAUUGCACACGCAAGGCCGCCGCCCUCUGGGAGUGUAUCUUAGCAUAGCAGAUUUGCUAACGAAAGAUUAGCAAAACUGCUACUAAAUAAUUCUUUGCAGUUUCUGAGUAGCUCCAGACCUACUCACAGGGGCCCUCAUUCCGAGUUGUUCGCUCGUUAUUUUUCUUCGCAUCGAUGCGAUUAGUUGCAAACUGCGCAUGCGCAAAGUUCACAGUGCGUCUGCGCCAAGUAAAUUUGCUAAAAAGUUUGGUAUUUUACUCACGGCUUAACAAAGAAAUUUCUUCGUUCUGGUGAUCGGAGUGUGAUUGACAGGAAGUGGGUGUUUCUGGGCGGAAACUAGCCGUUUUAUGGGUGUGUGCGGAAAAACGCAGCCGUUUCUGGGAAAAACGCGGGAGUGUCUGAAGAAACGGGGGAGUGUCUGGGCGAAUGCUGGGUGUGUUUGUGACGUCAAACCAGGAACGAAACUGACUGAACUGAUCGCAGUGGCAGAGUAAGUCUCGAGCUACUCAGAAACUGCAAAGAAAUUUCUAAUCGCAAUUCUGCUAAUCUUGCGUUCGCAAUUCUGCUAUGCUAAGAUUCACUCCGAGUAGGCGGCGGCUUAGCGUGUGCAAUGCUGCUAAAAGCAGCUAACGAGCAAACAACUCGGAAUGAGGGCCAGAUUGCGAUCAGCUCAGUCCGUUUAGUUCCUGGUUUGACGUCACAAACACGCCCUGCGUUCGGCCAGCCACUCCCGCGUUUUUCCCUGACACGCCUGCGUUUUUUAGCACACUCCCGGAAAACGCUCAGUUACCACCCAGAAACGCCCCUUUCCUGUCAAUCAUUCACCGAUCAGCAGUGCGACUGAAAAUCGUCGCUCAAACACCAGCAAAUCUACUAAGUUUUUUGUUAAAUAACUUAGCGCAUGCGCUCUGCGUACCAUGCACAUGCGCAGUUAGCAGCAAAUCGCAGCAUAGCGAAAAUCGGCAAAGAGCGAACAACUCGGAAUGACCCCCAUAGUAAACAGUGUAUAGAUGGUGGAGAAUUGCACUUCACUAAACAAGUAUCCUGAAGGUCUGCCUCAUCCUCAUACAGCUGUUUGCCUACGUUUUGCAUUUAAAGUGUUUAUCGACCUUUAGAUAAGCCGCUCUAUUUAUGAACUGCCCCUUUCUGCUCUAUGGGUUGGACAUCAUCUGUAAUAGCAAAUUAAUGUUCUUUUACUCCACAGCAGCCACAGUGUGUUAAUUAAAAUAAAUUGUUAUUGUUAUUCUAUGUUAUUUAUAUGUGGAAUGUUGUUUAUUUUGUUUGUAUUCCUAUUUAGCUGACAUUCUAGAACAGAGGUUCUCAAUCAUUUUCCACUUUGGCACCCCGUGGCAGCACAUUUGUGUUGUCUGUAGCCCCAACAUUUGCAAAGCAAUACAUUUGUAGUGUAUAUAGUUGAUAUUAGAUCCACUGGCACAUAUAUAUAAAAAAGCAAUAAAUGUGCUACCAGGGUCCUACUGUGAUGCAUGGGGGCUAGAGAUCCCUAGGACACUGAUUUCUCUAUGGGUCUGAUUCAAAGGUGCACGGCACGGAUCUUGAUUUCGCACAGAUUAUUAAUUGGGAAAACAUACAAAUGGGAGUUUAUCUCCCAUUUGUGGAACAGACUUCUCAAACCCUUUCAUGCCCAAGUGCACUGGUGGAUCCAAUCUCUCUACCAUCAAUACGCCAUCACCGCGAGAAGCCCUCGUCUGGCGCAGAGUGCCUUUUAACUUUCUUAAGAUAUGGCCAAUGUGACUGCGGUGCUGCGAAAGAGAACGCAGCUGCAUGCCGAAACACACCCAUGACUCUCCCAUAACAUGUCCAUGACACCUCCUCUUUUUGUGAAGACUUUAGGUCACCUCGAAGUCCAGAGGCACUUUAAGAGAGGAGGGGGCCCAUGUGCAGUCUCCGAUUGGGUGUCCUCCUCUCCUGCAAUGCAGUAAACUGUGGCAUUGUGCCAGAGUCUACUGUGCAUGCGUAGGUCUCUGGGAACAUAGCGCAGUUCUGCACUCCCGGGACAUCUUUACUGCGCAUGAGCGAAUCACCGGAAAAUAGCCACUGCAGCCAUUUUCCAAGAGAUAUUUGCCGCUGUGCAGUCAGCACCGGGCUCUCUAUAAUUAAAUGGGUGCAGGGUGUGCAGUAUGUGAGCCCCCUUGGCCCAGGGGCCCGUGUGCACCCAUUAUAGAUAUGCCAGUGUCUCAGUCUCCACCCCGAGCCGCCCAUGGAUCGCACAAGACGCUUCAAGUAAUAGCGAUUUCGGGUGCAAAUGCAUAAAUCCUCUCAUACUUUGGUCUGCAUGUGCACAGUAAGGGGUAAAUUUACUAAGAUGGGAGUUUUAUUUAAGAUGGGAUGUUGCCCAUAGCAACCAAUCAGAUUACAGGUAUUAUCUUAUAGAAGGUCCUAGAUAAAUGAGAAGUAGAAUCUGAUUGGUUGUUAUGGGCAACAUCCCAUCUUAAAUAGAACUCCCAUCUUAGUAAAUUUACCCCUAAGGGUUUAUUAGGCUUUUUGUGCAUAUGCAGUAGCAAAAAAAUCGCUGAACUGCGCAAACAUUGGUACUGCAUCCACUGCUGAAUCAGGCCUCAUGUGUCUAAUUAUCACCUGGAUAUCCACCCCACCCUAUCCUACCAUUACACAACAAAAUGUAAGUACCACUGGGGGUACUAGUAACCCAGACUGAGAAUCACCAUUCUAGAACAAGUUACUGAAAAUUCAAAUAGAAUGUUACAAAUGUUAUUCCCUGAAUACUAGUAGCUACUGUAUACAUGACAAUGCGAAAAUGUACAACGUCAGGGACUAAACUGAUUUUAUAAUGUUUGAUAUUAAUGGGCUGUAUUUCAGAAGUCUAUGAAGAAAUGAUUAGUGUAAUUCCCUCAGGCUACAAGUAUUUACUACUGUACAUUUGCUGAGGUAUGGGAGGUGUUUUUUUGUCUCUUUAAAGCUGUAAAUAAUGAUGACAUGUGUACAUAUUUACUCAUAUUUGUAUAUGGCUGAUUGUUACUAUGAAGAUGAUUGAGAUAAAUAAAAGAAA